AAUAAUACACUCAAAAUUACUAUAUUUGAUAUAUAUUGAACUUUUUUUUUCCUUCCAAAUUUAAGGUUUCUUUGAUCAUUAAUCACAAUUCACAACCCCUGGAUAGAAAAUAUGGAACUUCUUUUCACCCUGAUGACUUUGAUAGCUUUCUCUGUUCUGGGUCUCUUACUGGCCUUUUUGUGUUUCAUUAUGAUGAUCAUGUUCAUGGGAAAAUCCAUAGGAGACCCAGAAUACCCACCUGUGAAAGGCACAGUUUUUCACCAGCUAUUCUACUUCACCAAACUCCAUGACUACCACACUCAAAUGGCCAAAACUCAUCCAACUUUCAGGCUUAUUGCUCCUGAUCAAAGCGAGGUGUACACCAUAGAUUCAAGAAAUAUUGAACACAUGCUGAGAACAAACUUUGAUAAGUACUCCAAAGGCAAGUAUAACCAGAACAUCGUGAGUGAUCUUUUUGGUUUGGGUAUUUUUAAUGUUGAUGGUGACAAGUGGAGGCAGCAGAGGAAGCUUGGUAGUUAUGAAUUCUCCACAAGAGUUCUUAGAGAUUUCAGCUGCUCUGUUUUCAGAAAAAGUGCUGCCAAGUUGGUCAGACUCAUCUCAGAAUUUUCCCAUGAGGAUCUGGUUUUUGAUAUGCAAGACUUACUAAUGAGAAGCAGUUUGGAUUCCAUAUUCAAAGUUGGAUUUGGAGCAAAUUUGAACUGCUUGGAGGGAUCAAGCAAAGAGGGAAGUGAGUUCAUGAAGGCCUUUGAUGAAUCAAAUGCUUUGAUUUAUUGGCGCUAUGUUGAUCCAUUCUGGAAGCUCAAGAGGUUUCUUAACAUUGGUGGUGAAGCUGCCCUUAAGCGCCAUGUGAAAUUAUUAGACGAUUUUGUCCAUGGAGUCAUAAAGACCAGAAAAGCACAGUUGGAACUUCAGCAAGACUCUAAUGUUAAAGAGGACAUACUAUCAAGGUUUCUGAUGGAGAGCAAGAAGGACCAAACAACUAUGACCGACCAGUAUUUGAGGGACAUAAUUCUGAACUUUAUGAUAGCUGGCAAGGACUCGAGUGCAAACACUCUUUCAUGGUUCUUCUACAUGCUCUGCAAGAACCCUCUUGUAGAGGAAAAGAUUGCGCAAGAAGUGAAAGAUUUCACUAGUAGCCAUGAAAGUGAACCCAACAUAGAUGAGUUUGUCGCCAAUUUAACAGAUGCCACACUUGAUAAAAUGCAUUAUCUUCAUGCAGCAUUAACAGAGACCUUGAGAUUGUACCCUGCAGUCCCUACGGAUGGGAGGACCGCAGAAGCCGAUGAUGUUCUUCCUGAUGGGUACAAAGUGAGAAAGGGUGAUGGGGUGUACUACUUGGCCUAUGCUAUGGGUCGAAUGUCUUCCAUUUGGGGGGAGGAUGCGGUGGAAUUUCGUCCUGAAAGAUGGCUCAACAAUGGAAUUUUCCAACCUGAAUCUCCAUUCAAGUUCAUUGCUUUCCAUGCUGGGCCUCGUAUGUGCUUAGGGAAGGACUUCGCUUACAGACAGAUGAAAAUAAUAGCAAUGACUCUUGUUCGUUUCUUCAGGUUUAAACUGGCAAAUGGAACACAAAAUGUGAAUUAUAGGGUCAUGUUUACCCUUCACAUGGACAAGGGCCUCCCCCUCCAUGCAAUUCCAAGAUCUUGAGUGUAAUACUGAGAGCUAUAUGAUAUGGCUCUGCCAUCUCUUGCUUGGUAAAAGUUGUAAAAGAUAUGUUGGGAAAACACUGAAAUCCUCUCUUCCACCAAUCAAAUUAUGUCAUGUUAUUUAAAAAUAACACAUGUGAGCUUAUAAUUGUCAUA